UAUUUGAAGUCACCAAAGCCAACAAGAGCCUGUCCCUCCUGGCCAGGCUGUAGAGACCUGGCAUGCGCCUCCUCAAAUGCCCGGUGGAACCUGACUGCCUCCAGAAAGUCAGGGUAGGCUGAGGAGUAACGCAGGAGGGCGUCCUAUAAGGAUGCAAGAUAGCAUUAGGCCUUAAAAAUGAUUAGAAUAAAAUAAUAAGAAGAGAUGAAAUGCUACCUUGUUGGCCAUGAGCGGAGACUGAGACCCCGUCCUCUCACGCUCCUUCUGGUGGGAGGUGACCAGAUUCACGUCGUUCUCCAGCAGCCAGAGGAAGGUUCUCCCCAGGCCGUGAGGCUAUAGGGGAUGGAUCAGGGGGAUGCAGGUCCAGCAUGCUGGCUCCCGACUCAGUCAGCUGAAAAAGUAUGUGCUGAGGAGGGACAGGGCCCAACAACCUGCUGCAUCCUCUGCUGCUUUCACCCGCAGCCCGGCAGCGUGCUCCAGCAGGGCCGACAGCAAGGCCAGCUGCACCACGAAGGCUGCUGCACCUUCUCCUCAGCGCCAGUCCUCCACUCCAAGGAAGAAGCGAGCCAUGGUUCUUUACAGUUCCUCGGAAGAAGAUGAGGAGCUGAUGGUGGAAGCUGCUUCUGCUGUAGAGCAGGAGCUGUCUGCUUUGGGUGAGUCAUGCAGCAGGUCUAUUUUUCCAACACAUUUCAUCACAAUGUGUAUGAUAGUGACCGUGCUGGACUCUGCGCCCGUUGCAGCAACUUCAUCAGCAACUCCUACUCCUCUCCUCACACCAUCUCCCUCUGCUGAUAAACCCAGCGCUCCUGCAGCCCAGAUUCAGCUGUGGGGGCACACCUUCCUGAUUGGCUGCCUGGAGACUGCUGGAAGGCAGCCGCGCCAUUGGACCAGCAGAGAAUUGCAAGCCAAUCAGAUGCUAAUGAGGCCCACCUGCAACAUUCUCCCAGUGGGGCAGCUUGUUGUCCUGUUGGAGUCCUGGAAGAGCAGCCUUCCUCCUGAGGAACAGGAAUGGCUGAGCAGAGCCCUGUUUGUCAAGGACCGGACAGGCAGGGCUGUCCUGUCUAAAGAGCUGCAGCUGUGGUACCACUCACCUGGCCCCCGCCUCAUCUACAGCCAGCCUCCCUCCUCGCCUGAUGCCUUCUUCCAGCGCCGGUUCUUCCUCUGGGCUCCGUACCGGAUGUGGCAGUACAGCCUCAAGUGUCCGAGCUGUGCCCACAAGCUGACGAGCUGUGGCCUGUAUAAGACCGUGCGCAGAGUUCUGGACCUUGAUGGCUGGUACUACAUGGGCACGGAGUACCUGGAGUGCAGGUACUGCACCAAGAAGGUGGCUGCCUGGUCCAGGAGUGUGAGGGAGCAGCUGGACUUCAGUCACCAAAUGCUCUUCCCUGCUGAGCUGGCGUACAGGCUGUCCUGUGACAAGAAGGUGCUUAGCCAGAUGAAGGGGCGAACGCUCGGUAACAGCGCUAACCGGCUUCACUCCUUCCUGGUUGAAAACCACACAGAGGAGUGGAUGACCAGGUGCCUGCUCUACUUGGAGACUUGUGGGAAGUUUCAAGUAGCAGGGAUACAUCUGGCUCCUACUGCUCAUCCCCCCAGAAUGCAGCCUGUACCCACUAGCCGCUGGCUGCUCUUCACCUAUGCCAGAGAGACCUUCAGCCGGAUGGAGGAGCUUCAGGCAAGCGUGACAUCUGUCUUCGGCUCCAUCCUGAAGAUGGACUCCACAAAGAAGGUCAUCAAGAAGCUGGCUGGAGCGGAUGCUGGGACAGCUCAGUGGAUGAGCAGCGUGGGGAACGAGCUGGGGCAGGUUUUGAUCUGUGUGGUGACGGCGGCGGAGGGAUAUGGGCUGCAGGACAUGGCCAAGGGCCUGCAUAAGCGCUACGAGCAGGCCCGCCGCAGCUCCCCUGAAGUCCUGUACGUGGGCCGGGACUGCUGCAGGGCGGACGGAAAGCCCUCGACCUCAGUGGUAAAGACUCCCAUGGUCAUCACGCUACCAACAAACCACUUACCUUGUUCCCCAGAGCUCCAGUGCCUCGUCCACACUCUCGGACCCCAAUUGUUCACCCCCUCCCUGGCGGAUCUCAUUCACUUACCAGUAAGCAAAUCAGCCUAACUUAUAAAGAUAUUCUUACUUGGAAAAUUCUCCCAACUUACCUGUCAACCUUCCCCUUACGGUUGGUGCGUUCUAGUCCCGGACCACUUCAUCCGUUUCCUGUAGAACAAUAAAGUCAAUUAACUUUU